AUGAGAAUCCCGGCAACAUCACGACACACCACGGGCCAUAGACCCAUGGGCAAAUGGUCUCCUUAUCAAAGACCCAAAAUUCAACGAUGGGUAGCUGGAAAGGUCAAUGAAGCGUAUCAGAGAAACCUACCUCUUGAUCCAAGCCUUGUUGUCUUUCAGCAGCUCAUCAACAGCAAUCCAACAUGGAAAGCCCUGGCUGAUCCAAUGUUUACCCAAUCCUCCAAAAACUACGAUCCAACCGGCGAACCGGCUAUUCGAAGCUUUGAAGAGUUUCUAAACGUCGUCAACGUCAUGAUAAAAUCUUCACCACCGUUCUAUGUGAAGGAGACACCCGAAACAGCUAAUGAGAUGCUCGGACUUCCUAUCAAUGCUAUAAUGGACUGGCCUAUGGGUACCAUGGCCGGUCACGAGUUUUGGCUAACACCUGAGAUCAAUGCGUCUUUCAAAAAUGUGCUCAAUACAUGGGGUUCAUUUUUAAGUUCGCCUGCGUCAAGGGAUAGCUUGAAGGGAUGGCUAUCUGAAGAAGCACUGAUGAAGAUUGAGGAGGCAGCGAACUGUGGCAAGAAGGGUUCAACAUUUGAUGAGAUCUUUGUGUGUGAUCCAACCGCGCCUUACUAUGGCUACGCAAGUUGGGAUGAUUUCUUCACAAGAAAGUUCCGGGAUGGCAUCCGUCCCGUCGAAUGUCCCGAUGAUGCUACUCCAACAUUGACCUGCCCUGACCCAACACUGGUCAUAGCCAAUGCCUGCGAGUCAGCUCCGUUACAAGUGGCCGAGAAUGUCAAGCUACAAGACACAUUCUGGCUCAAGUCCCAGCCCUACUCCCUCGACAGGAUGAUGAACAACAACCCAUUGGCAUCCCGAUUCGUCGGCGGCACAGUCUACCAGGCAUUCCUGAGCUCCAAGAGCUACCACCGCUGGCACGCUCCCGUCAGUGGCAGUGUUGUCGGCAUUGAGCAAGUUCCUGGUACAUACUACAGCGAGAAUUACUUCGAAGGCUUGGCUGGAAACUGGAGAGCUGCAGACCCCGCCGCGCCUAAUAACUCGCAGGCCUACCUCAGUGCUGUAGCCACGCGCGCUAUAAUCUGGAUCCAGGCGAAGAACCCAACGAUAGGUCUGAUGGCUAUUGUGUUUAUUGGUAUGGCCGAGGUUUCGGCUUGCGAGUUUACGGUGUCGAUAGGCGAUGCUGUCGUCAAAGGUCAGGGUAUUGAGCAGAAUAACCGGGUGAACAGUGCUCUUGCCAUAGCCAGCGCAUGUGAAUAA